CUUCCGGAGAGAGCCGGAAAUUGCCGAUCGGCGAUCGGAAGGAGCCGAGUCCGAGUCGGAGCCGCCAUCGCGCCGCUGUUCUGGUCGAGAAGGCCAAAUAGCGAGCAGGCUGAUGAGAGCGACCUUGGCACCGGAGAUCCUGGACUUCGAUUGACUUGGUCACCAUCAUGUUGCGAUUACCUGUGAUUCGCAGGAGGCUAACGGGCAUUUCCCAAUCUGCCAAAGAUAUCCUGGGAGCAAAGAACAAUGUUCGCACCACAGCCACAGCAGCCAGCAACCUUGUUGAGGUGUUCGUUGAUGGCAAGCAAGUGAUGGUGGAGCCUGGAACCACAGUCCUACAGGCCUGCGAGAAAGUUGGUAUACAGAUCCCUCGGUUUUGUUACCAUGACAGGCUGUCCGUUGCCGGGAAUUGUCGAAUGUGCCUGGUGGAAAUCGAAAGGGCACCUAAGCCUGUGGCUGCCUGUGCUAUGCCUGUGAUGAAAGGGUGGAACAUCCUUACUAACUCAGAGAAAAGCAAGAAAGCCAGGGAAGGUGUGAUGGAGUUUCUGCUAGCUAAUCACCCAUUGGACUGUCCAAUCUGUGACCAAGGAGGGGAAUGUGAUCUCCAGGAUCAGUCAAUGAUGUUCGGCAGUGACCGGAGCAGAUUUACAGAGGGCAAGAGAGCUGUGGAGGAUAAGAACAUUGGGCCACUUGUGAAAACAAUAAUGACGAGAUGUAUCCACUGCACACGCUGCAUCAGGUUUGCCAGUGAGGUGGCGGGGGUGGAUGACCUGGGCACCACAGGAAGAGGGAACGAGAUGCAGGUUGGCACGUACAUCGAGAAGAUGUUCAUGUCCGAAGUGUCAGGGAACAUCAUCGAUCUUUGCCCUGUCGGAGCUUUGACAUCUAAGCCUUAUGCCUUCACUUCCAGGCCGUGGGAGACCAGGAAGAUAGAGUCCAUUGAUGUGAUGGAUGCCGUCGGAAGCAAUAUCGUUGUGAGCACGCGGACUGGGGAAGUGAUGAGAAUCCUGCCGAAGUUAAAUGAAGACGUGAAUGAAGAAUGGAUCUCUGAUAAGACCAGGUUUGCAUAUGAUGGCCUAAAGCGUCAGCGCUUAAUCAUCCCCAUGGUCAGGGGUUCUAAGGGGCAGCUGGUAUCUGCAUCCUGGGAGGAGGCAUUAACACAGAUUGCUGAAGUGUUGCAGAGAGUGCAGGAUAAAGGUGUGGCCGCUAUUGCUGGAGGAAUGGCUGACGCCGAGGCUCUCGUGGCCCUGAAGGACUUGAUCAACAGGUUGAACAGCGACGCACUGUGCACAGAGGAGAUCUUCCCGAUGGCUGGAGCUGGAACCGACUUGCGCUCCAAUUACCUGCUGAACACCAAAAUCUCUGGAGUGGAGGAGGCUGAUGUGCUGCUGCUGGUUGGCACUAACCCACGCUAUGAAGCCCCACUUUUCAAUGUUCGAGUCAGAAAAAGCUGGCUGCACAAUGAUCUCCAAGUGGCUUUAGUUGGGACAAAUGUGGAUUUGAGCUACACCUACAAUCACCUUGGAGACUCUCCACAGGUGUUACAGGAGAUUGCCUCAGGGAAGCACCCUUUCAGCCAGAUCCUGAGUAAAGCAAAGAAGCCCAUGGUGGUGGUGGGCAGUUCGAUUCUCCAGCGCAGCGACGGUGCAGCUAUACAUGCUGCAGUCAGCACCAUUGCACAGAAUGCUCGAGCAGGCAGUGGAGUCGGAGAUGACUGGAAAGUUUUAAAUGUCCUCCAGAGGGUGGCCAGUCAAGUAGCAGCUCUGGAUUUGGGAUACAAAGCUGGUAUCGACGUAAUCCGGAAAAAUCCACCAAAAGUCCUGUUCCUUCUUGGAGCAGACAGUGGCUGCAUCACACGACAGGAUCUUCCAAAGGACUGCUUCAUCAUUUAUCAGGGACACCACGGAGAUGUCGGAGCACCCAUGGCAGAUGUUGUUCUACCUGGAGCUGCUUACACAGAGAAGGCAGCCACAUAUGUCAACACAGAGGGCCGUGCCCAGCAGACCAGAGUGGCAGUAACUGCACCGGGUAUGGCCAGGGAAGAUUGGCAAAUUAUACGUGCACUUUCUGAGGUGGCUGGUGUAACACUUCCAUAUAAUACUCUGGAUGAGGUCCGUGACAGGCUGGCCGAGAUAUCUCCAAACCUGAUCUGCUACAAUGAUGUAGAGGAGGCCAAUUUCUUCAAACAGGCAAACGAGCUUGCAAAGCUGGUGAACCAACAGGUCCUAACUGAGCCACUUGUUCCACCCCAACUUACAAUUAAAGAUUUUUACAUGACUGAUCCAAUCAGCAGAGCAUCCCAGACGAUGGCAAAGUGUGUCAAAGCAGUUACUGAAGGAGCCAGCGCAGUGGACGAGCAUUCCAUCUGCUAACACAUACUAAGAAUAUGACAUCAAAACAUCCAUGUUAGACUGCUGUAGCUGAGUUCUGCGUAAAUAUGUAUAAAGGACAGGCCUCGAAUGAAGACAGAAUUCACACCCGACUGUGUACUUAGCUGCUCAAUGUGGGUAGAAAGAUACAUCACACUCUACCCAUCUACAUGCUACACGACAUCAUAAUAUCGUUAACAUUUGUCGUGUUAAAUAAUAUAAACUUCCAAAUGAAAUUCAAAUAGUUUAGUAUGGAAUCGGGCUGUGUAAUAAGCUUGUGAUUAUACUGACUCAUGUUCAAGCCACUUGUUGCUUUCGUGUGUUUAUCAAACCUCUUCAAUGGUAACAGAAGUUCUUGUAACUCUGCUACCAGGUUUUUAUGGAAAAUAAAUCUAUGUCUCAAGGGUGAA